GUGUAGCUGCUUCAUGAAGUCAUCAUCACCCUCAGCCUUGCCUUCACCUUUCAGUCCUUUCACCUUCCUCUAACUUGUAGGCAUUGACUGCGUGGAGACAGCAGCGCACUGAAUGGCACAAGACGGACCUCACCCUCCUGUAUGGGCACGACCCCUGGGCCAACAGGGUCUUCUUCUGCGGCAGGAACUUUGAAACGGGCACAAAGUGACAACAAACAACCUCCCAGCCUUUCACAAAUCCAGCAUCAAUAUUUAAGGGCUGACAGUUGGUGCCUUCCGCUUUAGCAUUAGCAACAGCAGCAAAGGUAACAGCUUUGGCAGCUUGGACACUAGCAUAGCCGUGUGUGUAUGUCAGGGUGUGUGUUCAUGUGUGUGUGAGUGUAACUUGGCCUGCCGGUCCCUGGGGAGGACCAGCAAAGAGUUGUGUUACACUCCCUGACAGGCCUUAUACAUGUUUCAUCUGCUGCUCUCAGAACAGAAGCCCCCUUUGUUAUCUAAUCCAGCCCUCUCCUGCCCAGCCUGAGAGACUGAGUUUACUGCCACAAGACCGCUCGUCACAGUCAGCCAGCCAGCCGCUGAACUGAUACUUAACAGCCAACAGCUGAGGAGCAGCCGAAGGACUUGCUUAAGCCUGAGAUAUCUGCUAUCAGGACUUAUCAGCCAGACUUUGAAUCUGUUGGCUGGCACAUGGAAAAGGCUUUAAAAUAAAACAACAAGGAACUGAGGGGUCUAAGUGAGGUCCACCAUAAAUUGUCUGAGGACCCUGAUUGUGCCUCAUCUCUUUAGAAAUAAACCUCAACGUUCUCCAGCUAAAAGCUGCAGAAGUUGCAGUUCUACUGAACAAGGAAUUUAAAAUAAUUUGAAAAUAUUAGGAACCUCCUCAGGACCAUGAGUGACACUCUCAGACCCCCUUCGCUCCAGGUGAGCGUCCCAGUCGACGCUCCAGUCUACUCAGAUGGAGGAAACCAUGUUGUGUCGGAUUGCUCCAUACAUUCAAGCUCCUCGACGCCAACCCUCCGAAGGAAGCGCUUCAAAAUGCGACGAAUGAGAAACGUGCCCAGCGAGAAGGAGAUGGAAAGGGGCCGCUUGACUGUCGGUCUCGGCUCGACGCGAUCCCAUUCCGGUUCCAAGGAGUACCUCCAGCUGCCUUCCAUUGAAAUCACGCCAUCCAGCGACGAAGAUGGCCCCUCUUCCUGGUCACGCUGCUCCACGCCGAGUGCCUCGCCAAGACGUAAACGUUUCCUGUUGAGGAAGUGGCUAAAGGUCAGAGAGAAGAAGGAGCAAGUUAGUGAGAGCAGCAAAAGACAAAACAGCCAGCAGAGCAGCCUGCAGAGCAGCCAUGAGGAUGACAGCAAUCGCUUCCUGACUCCUUUAAUCCGAGAGGAGAGGUCUGACAGUGCAGCGGACAAAAUCAGCACUGCCAGUAACUCAAACAAGAGCACGCCUGCCUGCUCACCAGUCCUGCGUAAACGCUCGCGCUCUCCCACACCACAGAGCCAGGAGGGUGAGAAUAUGGUCGAGAAGGGUUCAGACCACUCCUCUGACAAAUCCCCCUCUACGCCCGAGCAGGUUGUCCAGAGAACUUACUCCCUGCAGUCAGCGAGAAGCGGGGGAAAGAACUCCAAGUCUCACAAGCGACUAUCCAAAAAGAGCCAAAGCUGGUACAACCAUGAAAGACAACACAUCCUGAGAGUGCUGAGCCCGACGUACAAGCAGCGAAAUGAGGACUUCAGGAAACUCUUCAAGCAGCUCCCUGACACAGAGAGACUCAUUGUGGACUACUCCUGUGCUCUUCAACGGGACAUUCUACUGCAGGGACGACUCUACCUCUCUGAGAACUGGAUCUGUUUCUAUAGCAACAUCUUCCGCUGGGAAACCCUGCUAACAGUGCGGCUAAAAGACAUCUGCUCGAUGACAAAAGAGAAGACUGCCCGCCUCAUUCCCAAUGCCAUCCAGGUCUCUACGGAUACUGAGAAGCACUUUUUCACCUCAUUUGGAGCCAGGGACAGGACUUACAUGAUGAUGUUCAGACUGUGGCAGAAUGCACUGCUGGACAAGCCCCUGUGUCCAAAAGAACUCUGGCACUUUGUCCAUCAGUGCUAUGGCAACGAGCUCGGCCUGACAAGCGACGAUGAAGACUAUGUCCCGCCUGAUGAUGACUUCAACACCAUGGGGUUCAGUGAAGAGAUUCCCAACGAAGAGAACGAGAUCAACAACGACAACUUGUCAAAGAGCAGCGCAGAGGCCAAACCUGAGGGGAGCCCUCCUCUGUUACACAAGAAGCUUGUCCCAAACUGCACCAUCCCCAGCCCAGGCAACCAUGACACGCCCAUUACAUUUGCCCUUCCAUCAGAGGAGUAUGCAGACUGCCUAGCGGACGGCGAGCUUCUUGCUGUGCCACUACUGGUGGUAGAGAAGAACAAUGAUACCAGCGGGCCUGGUGGUCCUGUCCCUUCCCCCUCUCUGGACUUCAACGACAACGAAGACCUCCCCACUGAGCUCAGUGACUCGUCAGAAACACAUGAUGAGGGUGAGGUGCAGGCCUUUCAUGAGGACCUGAAUGGCAGGCAGCACAUCAACGAGAUCUACAAGGUCAGCGUGGACAAGCUCUAUGACGUCCUCUUCACAGAGUCUCAGUUCAUGACUGAAUUCAUGGAGCAGAGACGAUUUUCAGAUAUCGUAUACCAUCCGUGGAAGAAGGAGGAGGCGGGGAACCAGACCAGAGAGAUCCUGUACACCAUCUCGCUUUCCAACCCCCUCGCCCCGAAAACAGCCACCGUCACUGAGACACAAACUCUGUACAAAGCAAGUCAGGAGAGCGAGUGUUACAUCAUCGACGCUGAGGUCAUCACACAUGACGUGCCCUACCACGACUACUUCUACACUCUCAACCGCUACAUGCUCACCAGGGUAGCCAAGAACAAAUGUCGGUUACGGGUAUCAACAGAGCUGCGCUACAGGAAACAGCCGUGGGGACUGGUGAAAGGCUUCAUAGAAAAAAACUUCUGGAGUGGGCUAGAAGAGAACUUCCGCGUUUUAGAGUUGGAGUUGUCCAAGCUGGAGGACAUCCUGACAGAGGCCCACCAGUUAUCUCCAAAGGCCAAGGUGGUGAAAAACUCCACGGUGAGGCGGAAGAAGAGGCCGCUGCCCCACAUGCGCAGCCAGCAUCUGGACGAAGCGCUCAGCCCCGUUACCACGCCAACAGAUGAGGAAGUGAUCCAGAGGAUCAAGCACGUAGCAGGCUCCACGCAAACCAGACACCAGAGUCCAGAACACCAUCACCUGGCAGGAGGCCUGGCUCUGUACAGCGUGUCCAAACUGCUCCUCAUCAUCAGCUUUGUCCUGGUCCUGCUGGUGUUCCUCAACAUGAUGCUGUUCUACAAGCUGUGGAUGCUGGAGUACUCUGCACAGUCCUUAACAACUUGGCAAGGGUUACGGCUUCAUGAAAGUAAACUGCCUCAGACGCAGAUGGAGUGGUCCCAGCUCCUGGAGGCUCAGCAGCGUUACCAUGACGCAGAGCUGCAGAAGUGGAGGGAGAUUAUCAAGUCGUCAGUAGUGCUCCUCGAUCAGAUGAAAGACUCUUUAUUGAACCUCCAGCGAGGCAUCGGUUUAAGGGACUACAGCUCCGAGGCUGAAGAGAAGAGAAGUCGCUACCACUGACACACCAUCACCAAGGCCAUAUGAGGGCAUGCUGUGCAAUAUAGGACCUGUUUUGUUUGUGAACCAGUAUGCAGGCAGCGGCAAGACAGAGGACGGACAGAGAGGACAGAGGGGGGAGGUGGGACCAACAGUGGGCUCGUCCAAAAGACACAGAGUGGGGGAACAGUCGUCUCCAGCGCACAGAGGUGAAAAACCCCCCAGGAGGAGACCAUACUUAGAAAGUGACCCCCCCCCCCCCCCCCUACCACACACAGGAACUGAGGUGUCCCUAACAUCACUGAGGCAUUGUGGGAAGGUGCUCCUUCUCUGCACCUGUGGGGAAAAAAACAUUUCCUUCUACUCUCUUAUUUUCCAAGUGCAUCCUACUGUAAGCCGUGUCGCUCAAGACAGCGGCAGAGAGGAAGAAGGGAAGCUACUGCAUGCAUUUAGACGACCUAACUUCCCCUCAGUCAGUGUUAACGUGGUUCAGUUCCAGUUCAUGUGUGUCAAAAAAAAGAAGAACAGAAGACGUGCAGAGAUUUUAAGUCAAAGAGAGGGGGCGGUCCUUUCCAGUCUUAAUGGCUUUCUACACUCUCAAGACUGUUCCAAAACCCAUCGUCCCCUAGAGGUCCUCGCUGCAGUGUCCCCUUUUUUGGUAGACCUCAGUGUGAUCAGAGCGCAGUGAUCGUCCCACAAGCAGGGGAGAGAAAACGUGUUGUAGCGAGGGAGAGCUCAGCUUCAGUCCUGGGUGGUCUCUGGUCAGGGCUGGUUCCCUGUCAGACCAUCGCCAUGAGAUAUUUAUUAGACAAAUCUAGAUACUGAUGAGACUCAAGCAAAGUUCUUUGAACCUUACACACAAUUCACAUCAUCAGCUGCCCCUGCCACAGUGUUAGCUACGUUACAUUGCAUUAACCCUUAUGAAUGAAGUAGAAUGUAUCCGCCUGAACCCAAAGGCUCGACUUUGAUCACAUAACAUUCAUUUCAAGAAAAGGGACGCUGCAGCCCGGCCGAUAGGGUGACCUGUGUUCUUUACAUGUUUUAUUACUGAACUGUGACUAUAUCUCUUGAAAUAUGUUUGAAUUAGAAAUAAUUCUAUGAAUAUAUUUGAAAUAUAUAAGAAUAUUUCAUUAUUUAAUAUAUAUAUUUCAAAAUAUAUAAACAUAACCUAUAUUUAUUGUUAAUUUAUGUACAUACAGAAAUUAUCAGAGCUCUAGACCAGUUAAAGAAUUUCUAACAAAAAGUGUUUUCUUCUAAAAAAAUAAAAAAAAAAUGCAUGCCAGAUAUGUCUGUGACAUGUCCAGUGUGCAAGUAUGAUUCUGCUUUUUGCGCGAUUAUAUUCGCGCAUGUGUGUGUGAAUGAGAGGGUGUAUGUGACUGCGUGCAUGCAUGCGUGUGCGUACAGGUGUGUACUUUAAUAUGUGACAUUUUUACCAUUCCACACGUGUAUGUUUCUUAUGUUUGUUUGUUUUUUUUUUCUUUUCUGGCUCUUUGCAGUCAGACUGCCUUUUUAAUGCUAAUGCAUUUGGAUGCCGCCUUGCAUUAGCCCCACCAGGGUACAGUUUACAAACGAAGAGUUUUGUUCCAAAAUGACAUAUCCAACAUCUGAAACAAAGUUACAGCCACUUUAACAUGAUGACUGAUCACUCAAACUAUCAAUGCAGUCCAUUUUUUGACACAUAAGAAGCAGCUUAAACCUAAGGUAGACAAAGAGGAAAAAGGACAAACAUGAUAGUCUAAAUAUUAAGAUUGAACAAAAAGGUAAUGAGCUGGAUAUAAAACAUUUUGGAGAUGAACCCUUCAUACCUUUAGUAGCUGAUGUAAUCUUUAUCCCUGUCACUACAGUAGGGGCUAAAUGACUCUUUACUUAAAGGAAUAGUUUAACAUUUUCAGAAAUUCACAUGUUCACUUUCUUGACCAAACUCAGAUGAAAAGGUUGAUACCAGUCUAAUGUCUGCGCAGUGUGUAUGAAUCUACCAGCCGGUUUGCUAGCUUAGCACGACUUUUUCCUUGUUUUUUUAGCAAGGAAAGCUAACCAUCUCUUGGCUCCCCCUGCCAGCAGCCGUGCAGCUUACCUUCAUCUAUAUCAAGGCAAUAAACCGAAUGAGUGAAUUUCACAAACUAUUCCUUUAAAUCCUACGUAACCUAUAUUCUAUUAUAUUCUCCUUUUUCCCCCAUUUUGACUUUCUGUCUUGGAUGCAAUGAAAGCAUGAAAACUAUUUUAAACGCAACUAAAUUGAACCAAAAGAAAGAAGUAGAAGUGUACACCACACAAAGGGUCAUGUUGUUUUAAAAUGAAGUAUUAAACAUGUAUGUCAUUAUGUAUUUAAAACUGGGUAAGGUGCAGUAAAGAGCAUCUCGUAACGUUUCCAUGAGAGCACUUCCUAAAUUUAAAAAAAGGACUUCCUUGUGUUAAAAAAGAAAGAAA